UGAGCUGCUGCCUCACUGCGCUGGGAGUGAGUAACGCUACGACGCUACGACGCUGAAUUAGACUUAACACAGCUUUAAUUUAGCUCCGCUGCAGCUAAAGGAAGCUGAAAAAGAUGGCGAACUGCGGCUUAGUGUCCGUCACAAAUGAACCAAUUCCUCUGAAGAGCAUAGAGGUAGAUUUGCAGGUUAAAAGUCAUGUAGCUACAGUGAGCUCCACUCUGCAGUAUGUAAAUGAAGAAGAGCGCCCCCUGGAGGCCCUGUUUGUCUUCCCCAUGCCUGCAGAAGCUGCUCUCUGCCACUUCAGUGCCAAGAUAGCAGACAAGGAGAUAGUGGCGAAGGUGCAGGAGAAAGAGAAGGCGCGGGAGGAGUAUGAUGAUGCGAUUGCUUCAGGAGAUCAGGCCUUUCUGCUGGAGGAAAGUGAAGAGAGUGCGGAUGUGUUCAGGCUGAGUGUGGGGAGUCUGCCUCCUGGCCAGAGUGCUGCUGUCACCUUCGUGUACAUCAUUGAGCUCUCUGUGCAGGCUGACCAUGCCCUGCGCUUCUGCCUGCCUGCAGUGCUGAACCCCCGUUACACACCACCAGGUACAGGUGGUGGUAUAGUGUCGGAGAUAAUAUCAUCACCAGCAGGUGUUCCCUACUCUCUCUCUCUCAUUGCCCAUGUGAGCUCUCCCAACCCAAUCACUAAAGUAGAGUCCAGAUGUCCUCUUGAGCCUCUGGUGUUCCUCAGUGCAGACCACAUGAAUGCAAAAGUGAGUCUGUCUGCAGGUCAUAUGUUUGACAGAGAUGUUGAGCUGUUCCUAUAUUAUCAGAACGUGCACCAGCCCACUGCUAUAGUGGAGGCAGGAGAGCCCACAGCACAGCCAGGAACUCUCAUGGGAGACCCUGUGGUCAUGCUAAAUUUAGAGUUCACUGAAGCACUGAUGUCAUUUGCAUUUUGCGGUGAGUUUGUGUUCGUAGUAGACAGAUCUACUAGUAUGAGCUGCGCGUUGCAUGGAGAAAAAGAUGCACAGAGACGCAUUGACAGUGCCAGGGACACUCUGCUCCUACUGUUGAAGAGUCUCCCUCUGGGAUGUUACUUCAAUAUCUAUGGCUUUGGAUCACACUAUGAGCCCUACUUUCCGAAGAGUGUGGAAUAUACUCAGGAGACAGUGGACCAGGCUGUGAAGAGAGUAAAGAAGAUGGAACCAGACAUGGGUGGCACUGCGAUUGUGCUGCCUCUGGCACACAUCUAUAGUCAGCAGUGCAUCCCUAACCACCCCAGACAGCUGUUCAUAUUUACUGAUGGGGAGGUGAAGAACACCAGACAAGUUCUUUCUCUCGUGAGAGACAAUGCUGAUUUCCACAGGUGCUUCACGUUUGGGAUAGGUGAAGGUGCGAGCACCGCACUCAUCAGAGGAAUGGCUCAGGAGGGAUGUGGUCACGCCCAGUUUAUCACAGGCACUGAGCGCAUGCAGCCAAAAGUAAUGCAGUCCCUCCGCUAUGCUCUGCAGCCAGCUGUGGUUGAUAUUAAUGAAGAGUGGACGGUCCCAGUGGGCAUGUCCACUACACGCCUGAGCCCACCUAUUAACACAGUCUUCUCUGGUGAAAAGGCAGUGAUUUACACUCAGUUGAAAGGAGAGAGUCAGAGCUCAGACUCUGAGGGGACUGUAACAGUAAAGUACCGUCUAGCUGAUCAAGAAGUCACCAACACACUCAGCUACUGCCUCAAGCCUGCUGAGAAUACAGGACUGUCCAUCCACAGACUGGCUGCUCGCUCUUUGAUCCGCUCUCUGGAACAGGAUGAGCAGAAUGAGGGAGCUGAGAAAGAGGCUUUAAAGGCCAGAGUGGUGGAGCUCAGUCUGCAGGCUGGUUUGAGCAGCUCACACACAGCCUUCAUUGCCGUUUUUAAGGGCAGUGGAGAGGCUGUGAAAGGACCACUGCUAAGGAGGAGAGUGCCUACAGUAGGGUUGAUGCAAAAGAAGGCAAUGUUAUAUUCUUUGGCUCGCCAAACUGGUGGUGGAGGAGGUGGUCCACGUGCAAGGAUGGGUAAGAUUAGUAUUUACUAUAAAUGUAUUACUCACACAUACUUCUAACAGAUAGCAGUGAAUGGCAAGAUUAAGUAUACUUACAAAUAUUUUCAUACAAGUUCAUUAAAUUUAUCGCUGUUGUC